AUGGAAAGAUUCACAGUACGAGAGUGGGUUGAACUAAUUUCAAACCCUAUUACUUUCGGAAUUCAAGAUCAACGAAUCAUUAAUCAUAAAGACUUGCCUGUGGUGAGAGAUGAGAUUUCAAUAACAUUGAGGCUGAAACUUCAAAGUCAUAGUUCAAGCUGGGCUACUAUUUUUCAUAAAGGUAGAGCUAGAUAUACUGUAUCUUUGCAUAAAAUGCUUAUCAAACUAAUAUAUUUUUGUAAAAUACAAAAUUCAGGUUCAGCAGAUUUAAUUCGUACUCCUGGACUCUGGUUGACAGGAAACAAAUCUAAAUUACAUCCUCGCUUCACGGGCAACUGGAAUAAUAAUGCAGGAAUUAUGGAACUUGGUGAUGGACUUUCGUUACAAAAAUGGUAUCAUAUAGCUUACACACUUUCUGAUUCGGAAAAAAGGUUAGAUGUCUAUGUGGAUGGUGAAUGGCUCGGAUUUUACAGUAUUCAAGAUGUUAAAAAGCAAAAGGUUAUUUUUAAUGAUGGACCACUGCAUAUUGGUCGAGCAUUCUCUUGGGGCGGAUUUAAUGGUGAAAUUAG